CAUUGCUGUUCAACCGUCAAAGUCUUUUCUUUCCCUUGCCUUUCCUUAAUUCAGAUCAGCCUCACAAGCUCACUUUAAGGCGAGGGUAUUCCUGUCACGGAACGUUCAAACAUGGACUUCUAAGUUCUAAUGUCGAUUAACAAAACACGGAUCUAAAUCUUGAAAAACAAAACGGAAAAUCUCAAACCCUUUCACUUCACCCUUCCCUCCCCACUCUCCGUUCGUCCGCUCCUUCUUCCGCUCAUUCUCCGUGCUGGCUGCUCUUGCUGGGCAUUUGAUAUGCGAUCCGAUUCGAGGCCGGAAAUUGAGCGAUAACAUUACGUCGAUUUUGCGUUUGUAGAUCUCAGUCAAGUUGCUGAGCCACGCGACGAAAUUGACUCGGGAAUGGCUUCUUCGGAAGCCGAUUCCCGCUUAAGCAAAGUCGUAGCUCCUGCCCUAGAGAAGAUCGUCAAGAACGCAUCCUGGCGGAAACACUCCAAGCUCGCUCAUGAAUGCAAAUCCGUCCUCGAGAGGCUCACUUCUCCGAACAAGCAGCAGCAGUCGUCCUCUGCCGCCGAUGCUGAUCCGGAAGCUUCCAUCCCCGGCCCGCUUCACGACGGCGGGACGACUGAGUACUCUCUUGCUGAAUCCGAAUCCAUCCUCAGUCCUCUCAUCAAUGCUUGUGGCACUGGAUUCCUCAAGAUCGUGGAUCCAGCCAUUGAUUGCGUUCAGAAAUUGAUUGCGCAUGGCUACUUGCGCGGCGAGGCGGACCCGACGGGGGCCACGGAGGGCAAGCUGCUGGCUAGACUGAUCGAAUCAGUUUGUAAGUGCUACGAUAUCGGCGACGAUGCAAUCGAGCUUUCGGUUCUUAAAGCGCUUUUGUCCGCGGUGACAUCGAUUUCCUUGCGGAUACACGGAGAUUGCUUGCUGCAGAUUGUGAGGACUUGUUACGAUAUUUAUUUGGGGAGCAAGAACGUGGUGAAUCAAACCACGGCUAAAGCUUCCUUGAUACAAAUGUUGGUCAUUGUGUUCCGGAGAAUGGAAGCGGACUCAUCCACGGUUCCAAUUCAGCCCAUUGUUGUGGCCGAAUUGAUGGAGCCAGUUGAGAGAUCGGAUGCGGAUGGGUCUAUGACGAUGUUUGUGCAGGGUUUCAUCACCAAAAUCAUGCAAGAUUUUGACGGAGUUUUGAACGCUGGCGCACCCAGUAAGAUUACAUUAGGAGGACACGAUGGGGCAUUUGAGACUACAACGGUCGAGACCACCAACCCGGCAGAUUUGUUAGAUUCCACGGAUAAGGAUAUGCUAGACGCCAAGUACUGGGAGAUUAGUAUGUACAAGACGGCGUUGGAAGGUAGGAAAGGGGAAUUGGCAGACGGGGAAGUGGAAAGAGACGACGAUUUAGAGAUUCAGAUUGGUAAUAAAUUAAGGAGAGAUGCCUUCUUGGUAUUUAGAGCACUCUGUAAGUUGUCCAUGAAAACACCUCCAAAGGAGGCAUCAGCGGAUCCCCAGUUGAUGAGAGGGAAAAUUGUGGCCUUGGAGUUGUUGAAGAUCUUAUUGGAGAAUGCUGGGGCUGUUUUUAGGACCAGUGACAGGUUCUUAGGUGCCAUCAAGCAAUACUUAUGCUUAUCAUUACUGAAGAACAGCGCUUCAAGUCUCAUGAUCGUUUUCCAACUUUCUUGCUCUAUUUUUGUGAGUCUUGUGUCGAGGUUUAGGGCAGGAUUGAAAGCAGAAAUUGGUGUUUUUUUCCCGAUGAUAGUGCUCAGGGUUCUUGAAAAUGUUGCACAACCUAACUUCCAGCAGAAGAUGAUUGUGCUUCGUUUCAUUGAAAAGCUCUGUGUGGAUUCACAGAUCCUGGUGGACAUCUUUAUUAACUAUGAUUGUGAUGUCAAUUCGUCAAAUAUAUUCGAGAGAAUGGUCAAUGGACUUCUUAAAACUGCACAAGGGGUACCUCCUGGUACUGCAACAUCACUUAUGCCGCCUCAGGAAGUGACUCUGAAACUUGAGGCCAUGAAGUGCCUGGUGGCUGUUUUGAAAUCAAUGGGAGAUUGGGUAAACAAACAGUUACGCAUUCCAGAUCCUAGUUCUGCCAGGAAAUUUGAUGUAGUUGAGAAUAGUCCUGAAAGUGAAAGUCUUUCCAUGGUCAACGGAAACGGGGAAGAGCCAGCUGAAGGAUCAGAUUCUCAGUCUGAAGCAUCGACAGAAGCUUCUGACGUUUCGUCCAUUGAGCAACGCAGGGCUUACAAACUGGAACUUCAGGAAGGUAUUUCUCUUUUCAAUCGGAAACCAAAGAAGGGGAUUGAAUUUCUUAUCAAUGCCAAUAAAGUUGGAGACUCGCCAGAGGAGAUUGCAGUUUUUCUAAAAAAUGCUUCUGGCUUGAACAAGACUCUCAUUGGUGAUUAUCUAGGAGAGAGGGAAGAUUUGCCGCUGAAAGUCAUGCAUGCCUAUGUAAAUUCUUUUGAGUUUCAAGGCAUGGAGUUUGAUGAAGCUAUAAGGGCCUUUCUACAGGGCUUCAGGCUACCUGGUGAAGCACAGAAAAUUGACAGAAUCAUGGAAAAGUUUGCUGAGCGUUACUGCAAGUGCAACCCAAAGGUUUUCAUUAGUGCUGAUACAGCCUACGUUCUUGCUUACUCGGUCAUAUUGCUCAAUACUGAUGCUCACAAUCCUAUGGUGAAAAAUAAGAUGUCUGCAGAUGAUUUUAUCAGAAAUAAUCGUGGCAUUGAUGAUGGAAAAGAUCUCCCCGAGGAAUACUUGAGGUCAUUGUAUGCAAGGAUAUCGAAAAAUGAGAUAAAAAUGAAAGAGGAUGGUUUUGAUGCCCAACAAAGACAGUCUACCAACUCUAACAGAAUUUUAGGCUUGGAUAAUAUUUUGAACAUUGUAGUUCGUAAAAGAGGUGAGGACAUACGCAUGGAGACUAGUGAUGAUCUCAUCAGGCAUAUGCAAGAACAAUUUAAAGAAAAAGCCCGCAAAUCAGAGUCAGUUUAUUAUGCAGCUACAGAUGUAGUUAUCCUUCGUUUCAUGGUUGAGGUAUGCUGGGCUCCCAUGUUAGCUGCCUUCAGUGUGCCUCUUGACCAAAGUGAUGAUGAAGUGGUGAUAGGUCUUUGUCUUGAAGGUUUCCGCUGUGCUAUCCAUGUUACUGCUGUAAUGUCCAUGAAGACUCACAGAGAUGCAUUUGUCACUUCAUUAGCAAAGUUUACUUCCCUUCACUCUCCCGCAGACAUCAAACAGAAAAAUGUUGAGGCAAUCAAGGCAUUGGUUGCAAUUGCAGAUGAAGAUGGAAACUAUUUACAGGAAGCCUGGGAGCAUAUUUUAACAUGUGUUUCUCGCUUUGAACAUCUCCAUCUUUUGGGAGAGGGUGCUCCUCCAGAUGCAACAUUUUUUGCCUUUCCUCAGAAUGAGUCUGAAAAGUCAAAACCUGCCAAGUCAAAUGUCCUUCCUGUUCUGAAGAAGAAGGGCCCUGGAAGAAUGCAGUAUGCUGCUGCUGCUGUCCUGAGAGGUUCAUAUGACAGUGCUGGUAUUGGUGGGAAUGCUUCUGGGGGUGUAACGUCUGACCAAAUGAACAGUUUGGUCUCUAAUCUGAAUAUGUUAGAACAAGUUGGGAGCUCUGAAAUGAAUCGCAUAUUCACACGCAGCCAAAAGUUGAACAGUGAGGCCAUCAUUGAUUUCGUGAAAGCUCUUUGCAAGGUAUCCAUGGAGGAGUUGCGUUCUGCUUCUGAUCCCCGGGUGUUUAGCCUUACGAAGAUUGUUGAGAUUGCGCAUUAUAACAUGAACCGCAUCAGGCUUGUAUGGUCAAGCAUCUGGCAUGUGCUCUCUGAUUUCUUUGUAACCAUUGGCUGUUCUGAGAACCUCUCCAUUUCCAUUUUUGCAAUGGACUCUUUGCGCCAGUUGUCAAUGAAAUUCCUGGAGCGUGAAGAGUUGGCUAACUACAAUUUCCAGAACGAAUUCAUGAAGCCUUUUGUCAUUGUCAUGCGUAAGAGCAGUGCUGUUGAGAUAAGAGAACUGAUUGUCAGAUGUGUAUCCCAAAUGGUUUUGUCUCGGGUCAAUAAUGUCAAGUCAGGCUGGAAGAGCAUGUUCAUGGUAUUAAAAAUCUACCAUUUCCUUUGGUUUCAACAGUUUUCACAACAGCAGCUUAUGAUGACCACAAAAACAUUGUUCUGUUGGCUUUUGAGAUAAUGGAGAAGAUCAUUCGUGACUACUUCCCUUAUAUUACUGAAACUGAGACGACUACCUUCACGGAUUGUGUGAAUUGCCUUAUUGCUUUUACCAAUAGCCGGUUUAACAAAGAUAUCAGCCUCAAUGCAAUUGCUUUUCUUCGAUUCUGUGCUACCAAACUUGCUGGAGGAGACCUUGCUUCUUCAUCAAGGAAUAAUGAAAAGGAACCUUUGUCAAGACUCUCUCCGUCUUCUCCUCAUCAUGCAGGCAAAGAUGGAAAGCAAGAUAAUGGGUAUAUUGAUGAUAGGGAGAAUCAUCUCUACUUUUGGUUCCCUUUACUGGCAGGCCUGUCAGAACUUAGCUUUGAUCCUAGGCCCGAAAUCAGGAAGAGUGCCUUGCAAGUGUUGUUUGAUACUUUACGCAAUCACGGUCACCUUUUCUCUCUACCUUUAUGGGAACGAGUGUUUGAGUCAGUCUUAUUCCCAAUAUUUGACUAUGUGCGGCAUGCAAUCGAUCCAACAGGGGGUGACUCUCCUGGACAAGGUAUCGAUGGUGAUACUGGGGAGCUUGACCAAGAUGCAUGGCUCUAUGAGACUUGCACAUUGGCCCUGCAGCUGGUUGUAGAUCUUUUUGUCAAGUUCUACAGCACUGUCAACCCACUAUUGAGGAAGGUUUUGAAGCUAUUGGUCAGUUUUAUUAGACGGCCACACCAGAGUCUUGCUGGUAUUGGCAUUGCUGCCUUUGUGCGGUUGAUGAGUAAUGCUGGUGAUCUGUUCUCUGACGACAAGUGGCUAGAAGUGGUGCUCUCUCUUAGAGAAGCAGCCAAUGCAACACUUCCUGAUUUCUCUUUUCUAGUAAGCGGAGAGCCUGCGGUGCACAGCUACAAACAUGCUGGUUUAACUGAGCAAAGCAAUGUAGAAAAUGGAGAAUCUGCAGAUGUUCAUGAGAGAUUGAUGACACGUCUUUAUGCUGCAAUAUCUGAUGCAAAGUGCCGUGCUGCUGUCCAACUUUUGUUGAUUCAGGCGGUGAUGGAAGUUUACAACAUGUAUAGGCCUCAACUUUCAGCGAAAAACACACUUGUCCUGUACGAUGCCUUGCAUGACGUGGCAUCCCAUGCUCACAAGAUUAACACGGACUCCCAGCUGCGGUCAAGGCUGCAGGAAUUCAGCUCCAUCACUCAAAUGCAAGACCCUCCGCUAUUGCGGCUGGAGAAUGAGUCUUUCCAAAUAUGCCUGACGUUCUUGCAGAAUCUCAUACUGGACAGGCCGCCGAGUUAUGACGAGUCGGAAGUGGAAUCCUGCAUGGUCAGCCUUUGUCACGAGGUGCUUCAGUUUUACAUCAUCACAUCCCAUGGUUCAGGACGCCCGCCUCCAUCAGCAUCAUCCUCUCCAAACGAACCUCAGCCUCGGUCCCUUAUCAUACCUCUGGGGUCGGGGAAAAGGAGGGAGUUAGCUUCCCGUGCACCCCUUGUUGUUGCGACUCUCCAGGCCAUAUGUAGCCUGGGAGAGACUUCGUUCGAGAGGAACCUGACUGGUUUCUUCCCGCUUCUCUGGAGCUUGAUCAGUUGUGAGCAUGGGUCGAACGAGGUCCAGGUGGCUCUGAGUGAUAUGCUGAGCUCGUGGGUUGGUCCAGUAUUGCUUCGUUCUUGCUGAUUUGCGCGGAAAAUUUCUCACUUUGGUAACUGCUUGCAGAAUACAAUUUCUUGUUAUUGUUUCGGGGACCGAAUAUUAUAUGGUAGAUGGGGAUGGGUAGUGUAAGGAAGAGUUUAGGCGGGAUGUGGCCAAUGCUUGUCUGUAGUUACUCGGGUAGGUUUGGAUGCAAAAUUAAUUGAUAGCAGGAGGAGUUUUUGAUUGAUGUUGUAAUGCUAGUUUAAUCCUUUCUCUUUUGUUGUUUAUUUCCUUAACCUUGGUUUGGCCAUUUCUGUUGCUCCAACACUCUUAGGUAAGCUUAUGCUGCUCCUACAAUAAUCUCCUUGUGGAAUGAUCUGCUUCGUCGAUGGUGCUUCCUUUUCUGCAUGUUUAUCUCGAUACGUCUCGAGGCUCUGCUAGAAC